GCACAUUUAGUAUUUCAUGCAUCAUGCCAAUGUCUCGCCUUGUGCACUUGACAUUGACGUUGGAUAUCAGGAGGUCAUUUCACAGAGUGAUCGACAGCAAGAACAACUGGUAAAUGCCUUUUGGUACAGCACUCCCGAACAAGGGCAUCCCGUUGUUUUGGCCGCGAGUGCAGAUCCUCCCUGUGGCCUCAGCUUGCUCAAACCCAAUCAAGGGGAUGACUCCACCUGGACAGCCUUGAGGUUUCCUUCGUCUCCCUUCCAUAGAGAAUGCUUUGGGCGUGUGCGUGCUUUACUGGCUACAAAGGGCUUCAGCACACGGGCAUUUUCGUUGGGUACGAAGGCUUGGGAUCGCAUCCUUGUCCGCUCUCAGGAAGUGGCCAUUGCCUCGAAUUUGCUGCUGGAUGCUGGCUUCGCUGUGCCAUGGAAGGACGUUGCUGACAAGAACCAAGGCAUUGGUGAAGGAGCAUGGCUGCGAGUGCAAGAAGAUACUGGUCAUUGUGGUGAGAUUACGGAGGCUAUGUGUUCUGGAGCUCACCUCCUUCGACUAGAGGCCAGCUUGCGUUGCCGAAGAAUCUAUGUUGAGGUGUGUUCUCGUGCUAUGCGCGGAGCCCUGCUGGAGGCCAGCAAUGCCGGAGAAGUUGACGCCAAAAGCUCGCGGCCAACCAUCAGUCUUGCCAAAGCUGCUGAAAUUCAUGAUGAGGUUCCAGGGACAUGGUCGAAGCUUUCUGACGCGUGCACCGUUGCGCUGGAAUUGUGCGACAACCCGGAGAAGCUAUGUGGCUACUGGCUCUUUGCAAACUCAGGUUUGUUUGCAUUGGUCCUGGGCCCAAGGCUCUGUGCUGCUACACGGUACCGCGGCCCUGUAGGUGAAGCUGCGGAUGUCGAGUUGCGCUCGCUCAGCUGUGCGGUCUUGGGGAAGGUUGAGCGGCCUGGUUUUUUGAAGGUGCUGCGGGGUGGUCAAGAGGCCAUUGACUCUCCAUUGCACGAUGCAUCCACAUCCAGACGCACUAUUGAGGUUGAUGAGGAAGAUCAGAUCGUUGCGCACAGAUUCGGUGGAAGUGAACUGCGCUGGCGGAUCUUGAAGAUGGAAGAAAACCCGUUUGAAGGUGUGCCAGAUGCCGUCUUGCCGGUUGACAGCAAAGAUGUUCGAGCGCAGGCAGAAAACAAAUCACCUGGGCGAGAGCGCUCGAGGUCCCCAAGAGUCACAAAAUUUGAAGAUGAAGUGAAGGAGAAAGCAGAGACUCCCAAAAGCAAAAGCAGCAAAGUCAAAGAGAAGGCCAGAAAAGCUGACAAAGAUAAAGCGAAGGACAAGGUUAAGGAGAAAGACAAUGAAAAAGAUAGGGAUCAAGACAAGAAGGCAAGGCAAGCACAAAAGCAUUGUGGCCCACAUGUCAAAAAUGAGCGAAGGGAGAAGGAAGGGAAGACUGGAGAUUGGGAUGUUGAGCGAGACCGGGAAAGACAGAAAGCCAGAGACCGCAUCAAAGAUGCCACACGGGAGAGAGAGAGGGGACGAGAUCGUGAGCGAGACCGAGACAAAGCAACAUGGCCGGAGAAGCGAAAAGAAGCACCGAGGUCUUCUCGAGAACGAGAAGAGAAGCCAAAGCGACAUUUGGAGAGGAGUCAUGCCUUCGACAAGCAGAACAUGAUACCAUCCCAGCCAAAAGCCCAAAAUACACCGUUGUCGCUUCCAAGUGCUGCUGCGUUGCUGGCAGCCAUGAAGCAGGCACCAAUUGAACCAAAUCCAGAAGUCGAAAUGUUCUUGUCAAUGAACACGGUCGAAAGCCAUGCUGCAACCAAGCUUCGCUCCUUACCGCGGAACCUGCAGCGGCAAGUGCUAGAUAGAGGCUCUUUGAUGGGAGCACGUGAUCCGUCUGCUGUGCUCAUCUCACGAGUUCGUGAUGCCAUGAUGUCAUCGGCUCACACCACGCCAUCGUUGCCACUGGUGACAAUGAUGCUUCCCAAUGGACAGCAGGUCCAUCCUGCGGUGGAGGCCUUGAUCAUUCGUUAUGGCCUAGAUGCGCAAUGUGCACAACAGUUGCGACAGCUUCCCCUCCCAUUGCAGGCUGUGGCGGCUGAGUUGCCUGUACAUGAAGCUCGAAACCCCUCAGCAUUUGUCAUGGCCCAGCUACAGUUGCCCCGCUUCAAGCAAGCAGCCAAAGCAAUGCAAAUGCAGAAGCCGAUGUGAAGCCAGACAAAACUGCGUGCAAUAGGUUAUGUUGCCAAAGUGAGCAGCAUUGCUGAAGCAGCUGAUUGUAGCUGUAGCCCGUGUGGUGCCGAUUGAUUUGUUCG